GGUCGCGUUAUCAGUCUUGUUAUUUCUUUUUUUUUUACUGUCAAAGCGAAUUCGUAUUCGCUAUUUGAUUAAGUACUAUGAGCAUGUUCCGCAUAAUACGGCCUAGUUUCGCGCGGUUGCUAUGGUGAACACAUGACGCUUCGUCACCGGAACAACAUGUAGUGUGCGUUUUGUGUACGCUGAACUCGUUAACAUGCGUCAAUUUUUGCUUUACAAAUGUAUUAAAGUUAUUAAUUACCUUCAAGAAUUUGCAGCUUUUUCGACGAUAUAACCAGCGCAUUUGCAUUAACAGCAGCAACACUUAGUAUUUACCAAUAAUGGCUUUUUAUGAGGCUUACUCGCACCCCGCUUUAAUAAGAUACAAAACGCGCAUUUGCACGAGAGCAACGCUGUUUGUGAUCGUGGUUUUAUGCCUCACGUACAUUUCACCUCUGCUCGUGGCUUACAGAAGUCAAGGGUUCUGGCUGAAGAAAAGCUGGUAUGAAGAGCAGCCACUCGUUCAAUUCCAGUAUGAUAUGAUCUUGAUAGGGGCAACAAACACAGCUGGGAAUUACGUGGCGUGGAGUACAUUUCCAAACUUUAAUCGAUUAGUUGGAGAUAACUUGCGCAUCCCAUUCGUCUCGGUCCAGGAGGAGGACAGAAACCAGGAUGGCAAAUCAGAUCUUCUUAACCUCCAGAUCAACAUCCCACUCAAAGCAGAAGAGCAGAUGUUUAGCGUCCAGCUCCUCCUCACGUUCUCUUAUCAGCUAUUUAGAAUGUCUACUGUUGCGAUGCAGACGCUUGCGUUUCUCCAGCAUUCUUCAUCUGUGCCAGGUUCUCAGCUGUUCAUCAGUGCAGAUCUAAAGCUUCAUCAGCGAACUCCUCUUCCUCACAGAGGGUUACAUGCUGCCUACAAUGUAUCGGUGAUCGAUGCAUCCAGUCCAUUAGCGAGUACCUACGACCUGGCCAACAUUAUUGGACUCUAUCAACAGAGAAACUUGACUACUCAUCUCUCCGGUGCCAUUCCAGUAUGGAUGGUUGGCAGAGCUGCAAAUACUCCAUUUCAGAUCAAUGCUAACAUCAACUAUCCAGUAGAAACCAUUACUUAUCGUCCGGGCUUUUGGGAAACGGUGAAGUUUGCUUGGAUUCAAUAUGUCAGUGUACUGCUCAUCUUUCUGUGGAUUUUCCAGCACAUUCAAACGUUUGUUUUUCAGAACCAAGUCUUGCCAACCAUUGUAGUGCCUCCGUUUAAACAGCACAGAGUUUGACCUGACCAGUGUUGUUCAGGGUUUUUUAUUGUACUUUUUAGUAAAAUAACUAAGGAGUGAAUUAGUUUUGUUCUGUAAUUUUACCAUACAUGUACAUGCAAGGUUUAUUAUUUGAAGUAGAUUCAUAUUAAAGAAAGGGUGCUUGUUAAAUCUCAGUUUCUUCUGUUUAUAUAUAUAUAUAUAUAGCCAUGGGUUGGUUAGUUAUUUUUAGUACCUUUAUUUUUUUAAGAAGGUAUGUAAGAAUGUACAGUUAAAUAGUUAAUAAUUUAAUUCUUAAAGACCUACAGAGUCAGCAGAUCGUGUCACGAUCGUCAGAUCAUUCCAUAGUCGUUGAACAGCUCCGGAGAAGAAACUUCAGUUGCUAAUUCAAUUACUAACAUUCACGAACAAUAACUAUACUUCAAUUGCUAACAACUUAAAAAUGUCAGUUUGUUCAACUUAAAUUUUCACCUAAAGUGAAAAAAGUAAAGAAUUUUUAAGGUGUUACCAAUUAAAGUAUUUUUUUUUUAGGGCCACAUUUUGUAAUUUAAGAGUAAAAAAUACCAACACAGUAGCAUUUGUGUUUGAGAAAUGCAGAUGGUAAACAGUGCAAACUCUGUAACAAACACGCCAACAAUGUAGUAUGUACACUGUAAACUGGAUCAGUACAAUGUACCUAUUAAAAUGAGAUUAAACUGUACUCAAACCACUGAAACAAGUUUAUUUAACUUAAAAGUUUUAUAUGUGUUUAACAUAUAACAACAACAUUUGACUUCAAAGCAGAGUUAUUUCAAUACAACAGCCUCAUUUAAACAAACACUGCAAAUAAUUACAAACUGUUGGUGGUUGUGAUGAGGUUUAUGGCAUUCAAUCUGCCAGUUAAGCUAAGAAAGAGUCUGGCACUGCACACUUCGGUUUCAAGUUAAAUCAACAUGAUUGGUUGAGGAGGAUUUCCAGUUCUAAGCAUGCUUUGCAUGAGCCUGCAUUAAAUGAAAAAAAAAAAAGUGAUAUUUUAUGUGAUUUUCAGAAAAUAGAAAGACUCAGUAGUUUUUCUCAGAUGCUUAAGAGCAUUUCUCAGAUCAGAAAUAAAAGAAUAAAAAAAAUUUAACCCAUCCCAGUGAGUUGUGAACACACCUGUGCAGCUAUCCCAGCACCCAGGACGCAAUUAGGGUUAAGGUGCUUUGCUCAAGGGCACCACAGUCACAACCCACCAGCCGUAAGACUUGAACGGGCAACUCUCAGGUUACAAGCCAGACUCUCGUCUCCAACUGCCCCCUAACAUAAAUUAGGGGGCAUUCAAGCAGAUUAUGUAGAGUUAUCUGCUGUUUGUUUGUUUUUUCAUUUUCAUCAAAAUACAUUAUACAGGUUUCUGUUGAAUAGUCUUACACCUCAAAACAUUUAGGAGUUAAUAAUUCAUGUCAUGCAAAAUUUUGGAUCUUUGUGUCAUAUGUUAUUGUUUUAAUCUGUUAUGAUCUGUAAUGUUUUCCAUAGGGUGUUUUGUAAAUGUGAACUCAAUUGAUAAAUAGUAAAUCUUGAAAUUUU